UGACACGUUUGUGCCCCAGCUGCAAACAACAGAAUUCAGGGGGAAAAAAGAAAAACCGAAAAAGAUUUGCUUUAUUUUAUUCUGUUUGACCCGCACAUAUUUUUUACUUUGUUUACUUUAUGCACCGGAAACAGAACUGUCCUCCCUCAGUCCAGCUUGACCGUGGACUAAAAAACUUCACCGACUUCUAUGUGUCAGGAGGCUGCGCGUGACAGGAAAUAUUAUUACUUUAAAACACACAAACUAAAUUUGAAGUCUGUUUCGAGGCCUGUUUGUGUGUUUUGUGUGCACAGUCUGUAUCUUUUGAUUUGACCUAGAUGUGUUUUGAGUCGAGGGAGGCCACAGGUUUAAACGUAGCAAGCUCAUCCGAGGAGAUCAUUUAUAAUCCGAGUUUGCUAAUCCGUUCACACUUCUCCACGACGUCGCUGAAGAAGAAGAAGAGGACCAGAAGUAGGAGGAGGAGGAGGAGGAGAAGGAGGAGUGUGCUCCAGUGUUGCUGCUCCAAAGUCCAUCGAAAUAACAACAUUUUGAAGAACAUUUCUCCAACUGACCUGAAACUCACCUCAGACCAAAGCCUCGUUGGAAGUGGAGUAAAGUGAAACUACGCUUGAUAACUUUCGAGUCGUCGCCGGCUUCACGAGGACGUGACAAGGCUGUUAAACUGGAAAGGGGACACAAGCAACGGAGGAAGUGAAGCAGUUAUUCGGGGCAUGAAACCUCGACCCAGCUUUACUCCUUUACACGAUGGCAGCAUGCGGAAGGAGGACUCGACCGAGGUUUCUUUUCUUCCUCUUUGGUGCCACUUUGCUGGGAUAUCUGAUCUUUUUUAGACACAACUCCGAGGACUUGAACGCGGCUAGUCGACAGGGGUCCCCUGAGAGGAAGAGGGAGAGGGAGGUGGACAAGGAGGAGGUGGCGGCGGCGGCGGCGGAGGGGAAUGAACUGCUAAAGAAGCCCGUCUACGAGAAGCCCCCCCUGGAUUUAAAUGGCCUGGGUGAGAUGGGGAGAGCGGUCAAACUGCACCUGACGGGCGAGGAGAAAAAGAAAGAGGAGGAAAGCAUCGAAAAGCACAAGGUUAACGUGUAUGUCAGUGACAAAAUCUCGCUUCACCGCAGGGUGCCUAUCAUCUGGAACCCACUUUGCAAUGACCUGAAGUAUGACUACCGCUCUUUACCAACGACCUCCGUUGUCAUCGCCUUCUACAACGAGGCGUGGUCCACCCUGCUGAGGACUGUGCACAGUGUGCUAGAGACGUCGCCUGACAUCCUGCUGAAAGAGGUGGUCCUGGUGGACGACUACAGUGAUCGAGAGCACCUAAAGGAGCCAUUGGAAAGGUACAUCUCAGGUUUGAGGAAGGUGCGCUUGAUUCGCGCCACCAAGCGGGAGGGGUUGGUGCGGGCCCGGUUGCUAGGGGCGUCCAUUACCACGGGUGACGUGCUGACUUUCCUGGAUUGCCACUGCGAGUGUCAUGAGGGUUGGUUAGAGCCGCUGCUCCACAGGAUCAAAGAGGAGCCUUCAGCUGUGGUGUGUCCAGUCAUCGAUGUGAUCGAAUGGAACACCCUCCAGUAUUUAGGCAACGCGGGUGAACCUCAGAUCGGGGGGUUUGAUUGGCGGCUGGUCUUCACCUGGCAUGUUGUCCCGGAGUAUGAGCAGAAACGCCGUCACUCACCCACUGAUGUCAUCAGGUCUCCUACGAUGGCAGGUGGUUUAUUUGCUGUAAGCAAGAACUACUUCCAUUACCUGGGAACAUAUGACACCGGGAUGGAGGUGUGGGGAGGAGAAAACCUGGAGUUUUCCUUCAGAAUUUGGCAGUGUGGGGGCACCCUGGAGGUCCACCCAUGCUCCCACGUGGGCCAUAUUUUCCCCAACAAGGCCCCGUAUUCGCGGAACAAAGCCCUGGCAAACAGCGUGAGAGCUGCUGAGGUCUGGAUGGAUGAAUACAAAGAGAUCUACUACCAUAGAAACCCCCACGCACGACUGGAGGCCUUUGGAGAUGUGUCAGAGCGGAGAAAGCUUAGAGAGAAACUAGGCUGUAAAAACUUCAGGUGGUUUCUGGAUAAUAUAUACCCUGAAAUUAACAUUCCAUCAGAUCGGCCAGGCAUGUUCGGAAUGCUUAAAAACCGGGGUAAGGUCAACUACUGCUUUGACUACAAUCCUGGAGAUGAACACAUUGUGGUGGGCCAAAAGAUCAUCCUCUACCCGUGUCAUGGCAUGGGUCAGAACCAGUUCUUUGAAUACUCGACCGACGGCGAGAUCCGAUAUAGCACAAGGGAGCCUGGUGGAUGUGUUGUGGGGGACAACAUCAGCACCUACCUGACUGUCCAGCUGUGCAAGAAACGAGACCAACCCGUACCCGUUGAUCAGAAAUUUGUCCUCCGAGAGGACGGGACUCUGUACCAUGUGGCGAGCCAGAAGUGUGUUCACGCACUAGACAAGGAUAAAGACAGCGGGAGUGGGGCCCCAUCGCUCCAGCCGUGCUCUGACAACCUUCGCCAAAAGUGGUUCUUUGAGGAAAAAGCAUAAAAGCUUGGACGCCGAAUGUAAUGUACACAUGAUGUCGUUUCAGGACCAACACACUGUGGAGGGAUAUCAAUGAACUGUGUUGUUUUUUUUGUUUUUUUCCGGAAAUGCGUGCCUUGCUCUGAAAAGGAGCCUAAAGGAGGAAAGCGAAUGUGCUCUCUUCCAAACUUCAUCUUUUGCACAAUCUCCUGCCAGCUGGAUUUAACUGAUCUAUAGGAAAACAUAAUGUACAUGCAGGGAAAAAGAAAAUCUUGGUUGCUGUUGCUGGGAGACGGGAACCUGCUGGAAUAUGAAAUGUGUUUCUAAUCAAGGGGGUGUUUGAGAAUGGGUGAUGAGCUACAGAAAGUCCUUUUUAUUAAUCUAAUUUACUUUCUUUUCCUUUACUCUCCUGUGCUGGUGAACUCUUUCAGAAUGAGACCAACUUAGUGCUUUAAGCACACAUGGAUAAGCUCUGACACAUGUGUGCCUCUAUUGAAACAACUACUUAAUACCUCGCUCAUCACAUCCGGAGCAGCCUGUUAGGAGUUAGUGGCAGACAUGACUGUGAUUUCUCCAUGACGCCAUUUAGGUUAUAUCCAUCUUAUCCUGUAGAGGGCGCCAAAGCGCCUUGUUGCAUUCUAUUUUAUUCACCUCUGCUUUCUUUUUUUGUUUGUCAGGAGAAAAGUAGAUCAAAAGAUAUUUUGAGAACGUUUUUAGGACAUUUGAGUGCAUGUUUAGAUCACAGGCGUUAUGCAAACUUAAAUCACAGAUAACAAGGCUGUACUGAUCCUGCUUUUACAGAGUUAUUUGAAAAGCACAAAAAAAAGAAAACAUUCAGCAUAUUGUACUUUGCCAUUGCAUCUUGGAUCCACAGCUACUUUUUUAUGGGUUUAAUUCAUGUUGUGUAAAGUCUCUUUGUUUUAAAUUAUUUAUCUCGCGGGCGACACAGAAGGACUGCUACAGUAUGUCGUAGCGUCGCUGCAGACUCACCGCCGGUGAUGCAUCGGUGUGAAUGUUCGUUUAACGGUGGCGGGUGCAAAUGCAUAAACACUGAUGUCUGAUGUAACACAGAUUUGGGUCUUCGCCCUCAUCUUCCUCGUCCGCGUGGAACCUGUUGGAAGUGCCUAGUGUAAAAAGCCCAUGAAUCAAUCGUAUGACAUCGCUUCACCGUGAUAGAAUCAUGAGAACUGCUCUUGAAGUGAAUGUGUUAUUUGUCACAAAGUUGAGAUUUACAGUACACACGCACACACACACACACGUGCACCUGCUGAGGAGCGAGGAGGCGUUCCCACGAGUAAAUGAAUACACUCGGUGGGGUUGUACUGAUCUGUGCACUCUAACUCUGUUUCCAUUCGUCACAAUUGGACAAGCAUAGAUUCCUCUGUCCCCAGCUGUGGUCACUCGUGAGACUGUCCCUCAGGCGAUGCAGAGGGACUGAGGGAAAACACGGCGGAGGAAGAGACAGUUGUUGGUGUCUCCUGAGUCCCGGGAUGGCAGAUGGCUUUCUGAUUGAUUUUCUGGUUCUCUCCCAAUUCUUUUAUCACCACCUCUGUGUUUCUGUCUCUCUGUGUUUGAGGUGUGCAGUGGAGGACUUAUCUCUUGGACAGUUUCCAGCCAAAUCCUCCUCCUCAGAAGAGCACUUGUACACGCGAGGUUUGAUUGAUGAACUAAAGUCACCGAUUGUACAGUUUUUAACAGUAGAAGGAGAUAAUGGAGGCGUGACCUCUGUUUCCAUGUUACCAUUAACCUUCAGAGGCCGUUGACCCACGAGUCUCAAAGGACCGGUGUGGGGAAUUGAUGUUAUGGGAUGGUCGUGCUAAAUUAGUUUAUUACUCACAAUACGGCAAAUGUGAGAUGGAGAAAUACCAUUAAGGGUGGAAUAGGAAGCCCUUACUUUGCCAUGUAUGAUGAAUGUACAGUAAUGUGAAAAACAUCAAGACCUGAUCACUCACAAUGAACAUGGGUUUACAGUUUUAUCACAGUGGGAAAGAGCUGCUCUGAGCAGGACGAAGCCAUGAAAUACAUUCCAAGCACGUCGCAGUAUGGAUUAAAUCCUCAGGUCAAAGUUCCCCACUGGGCUUCUGCCGGCAUUACGUGCAGUUUAUGGUUGUGGAGAGAGGAAAGCUUGGUUACAAACAGAUGAGAGGGAAGAUUAUGGUCAGCUUUACAUAGGAAGGGGCGUGUGGCAUCUGUCUGUGAAACCAAAAAGGGGCCAGGUUGGGGACAAAGCUCGAUUGUGGCCCUAAUAGAAGUAAAUAAUAUGCACUGAGUGUCCGGGAAAGUCCUGACAGUCCCGGGCAAUCCUGCAAACUCUUGAACUCGUCAUUAUCUUUCCAUGAUUCAGGACUCCGUGUCAUCCAUGGAGGCUGAGUUUCAGCAGGAGCAGGUGAAACGGCUGUUUGAAUACAGUGCUCAUGCUUUAUGCAUCAAACACUUGUAACUUGAAGUGACAGCUUUUCCAUUUUUUUAUUUUUUUUGCGUCUUAAGCCUGUGAAUGCAGUAAAAAUAUUCCAUCUCAUUAUUCAAAAAAGGUUAUUUAUUGUUCACUGUGACCAUCUGUUUUUCCCAGACAUGUCCUACAUACGGGACGGGGGACGGGGGGGGGGCAUUAUAUUGUAUGCUAAUUUGAUAUUCUACAGGCAGCUGCAAUAAAAUUCACAUUCGCCAGAAGGGGGGGUCGUAUAUCUGGCAGGUUGUAAAGGGCUUUUAUGUCUCUCUUUGUCGUAAAGAGCGCUGAUAUUCUUGGGGUUCUGUCGGCGCACUUGUACACGCAAAUUUGGCGAUUGUACCAUCGCCCAACCUUCAAGGACCGAGUGGUGCUGUUUUGUACCUAAUUCUGUGUCACAAAUCCCAGCGGAGACCAUUAUUGAAGUUGUUAAUAAUGCACAAAUAUUAAUGCUGGAAUUCAAGAAAAUGUCAGGUGUCGAUAACUCUGGUGGUCUGGUAUUGUUAGAGGAAAAUAAAUAAUGUAACAUAACCUCAUUUUUGUAUUGGUGGAUCCAAUAAAUGGACCAUAUCUGAUAUC